AUGGCUGGAGGAGGAGGGGCUGCGGGGGGCCCCACGGGGGGCCCCCAAGGGUGCCUUCUAGGGCCCCCCAGGGCCCUUGGGGGCCCCCGGGGGGCCCCCCCUGAGGGCCCUGGGGGGCCCCUUAAAAGCCCUGUACCCAUUAGCGAGUUCGGAGUGGGCCAAAUAAUUAGCAUGCAGUUGAAGGGCUUUAUGGCUUUUAAGUCGUCUGUGCAGAUCUUCUUCUCCCCCUACACCAACCUCAUUGCGUCAUGUAACGGCGUCGGGAAAAGCACCAUUGUAUCAGCCAUGCACUUUGCGCUGGGCAUCCGCAGCACCCGCAGCAGCAGCAGCAGCAGCAGCAGCCGCAGCAGCAGCAGCAGCAGCGCGGCAGCAGCAACGGCGAGGGCGGCGAGCCAGCCACAGCAGCAGCAGCAGCAGCAGCAGCAGCAGCAGCAGCAGCAGCAGCUGCUGCUGCAGUUCUUAACUUAUGGAGGCCAGCGGGCCUUCGUUUGCCUCUGGCUGAAGGGAAAAGGAAAAAAUGAAAUUGUUUCAAUUCAAAGAGACUUGGAAAAAGUAAAGAAAUUCAAACAAUAA